CCCACCGACAGCAGAUCAUGGGACGGGUGGAAAGAAGUCCGCUACGAUUUUUCCUUGAUUUCAUGCAACUACGACUGCCAGCUGGAAGCAGGAAGGAAAGAGGGAUGCAGGAAGGAAACUUGAGGGAUGCAGGAAAGAAGGGAUGCAUGAAGAAAAGAGGGAUGUAGGAAGGAAAGAGGGAUGGGGGAGGAGAAGGAAUGUGCCGCUGGAUGGUGGGGGCGCUGGACGCCAAUGCAUCCACAACGCAUUCUCAGCCAACUGCAUCUCUGCAUUUAGGCAGACGAUCCAAUAAAAACGAGAACAGGCCAAGAUCCCCAGCCACAGCAGCCUCAUCAACCACGCCGUGGCCUGGUGAUCUCGGCCAGCGACAACAGCCAUUGGCCGCCCCCACCCUAUAUACGCCCAGAACACCUCGGACUUCACUCCUAUGGAUUUUCUUGGCUUGGAUCGUCCUUCUCUGUGCUGUGGCGCUGGCGAGGGGCUUUUCGAAUGGGUGUUUCGGUGUGGUCGGUGUGGCUGGUGUGGCUGGUGUGGCUGGUGGCCCCUGCAGUGUCCCUUUAAUUGUUGGAUCGACUGGUACCGGUAGUUGCCGGCAUAACUACUAUACGCCUCUCGAUACACGGCAGGUCCAUCGCCAUCUCAUCCAUCUCGACGUGUGGGUCCAUCGUCAUCUCAUCCAUCUUGUCGUCAACACCGGCGUGUAGGAUCCCAAAUGCCAAAACCCUCGGGAUGAUGCCGCUUG